CCUCAUGACAACCUUAGCGCAACAUACCGAUCCGUACCGAUUCCCGAUUUUAGUCGCAAUAUUGCAUGCUUGUUAGGAAUUCACUGGAGCCUGCAAGCCUUCCUUCCCACUCAUUUGAUCAUUAUCCGAGCUCCGUCUUUCGUUUCCUUUCCUCUACAAUGUUCCGAGCACGCAGUGGCUUAAUCAAACAGACCGCUAUUGAAACACAUUGCACUCCUGACUAAGAAAUUCUUCAUCAUGGCGACAGCUGCCAAGUACGAGCUCGCUGACUUCGAGACGUUCCAUAAUGUGAUCGACAACGAGCUUACAGGCACGGUGAGAACUCGUAGGGCGGUUGAUCCCAGUACUGAACAGGCGCUUGCCGAAGUGCCUGUCUCGACACAGGAAGACGUCGACCGUGCCGUUGCAGCAGCCCAAGCGGCCUUCCCAUUGUGGCGUGAUCUAUCUCAAGACGAUCGUGCUGCUUAUCUAACCAAAUUUGUGGAUGCCAUCGACGCCCAUCAGAAGGAGUUUUCUCAACUGCUGGGAAGGGAGGCUGGAAAGCCCCCGCAAGCCGUUGGCAUCGAGCUGUUCCUGCUUAGCCACCAGAUUCGUCAGGUUCUCAAUUUCCGACUGACCGAGGAAAUUAUCGAAGAUACUGACGAGCGGAGCAUUGUGCUUCGGUAUGUCCCCAUCGGAGUAGGUGUUGGCAUUGUUCCAUGGAACUUCCCAAUGCUGCUCGGAAUUAUUAAGCUUGUUUCCGCGCUGCUUGUCGGAAAUACAUUCAUUUGGAAGCCGUCGCCAUACAGCCCCUACACAGCCUUAAAACUGGGAGAAUUGGGCGCCAAGAUAUUUCCGAAGGGAGUAUUCAAUGUCCUUAGCGGCGAAGAAGAUCUAGGUCCUAUGUUCACAGCCCACCCGGGUGUCGCAAAGAUCAGUUUCACAGGGUCGGUGGCCACUGGAAAGAAGGUCAUGCAAGCCAGUGCCAGCACUUUAAAGCGUGUAACCCUCGAACUAGGAGGCAACGAUGCUGCUAUCAUCUUGCCGGACGCCGACCUCGCGACAACCGUACCCAAGGUAGCAACCCUAGCUUACCUGCAUACCGGUCAAGUGUGCUUUUGCAUCAAGCGUAUCUACGUCCAUGAAGACAUAUAUGACGCUUUCCUUGCAGCCUUUGUUGAGUUCGUCAAGGGUCUCAAAAGUGGAGGUGCUGAGGAUGCUGAGGCCGCAAUUGGGCCUGUCCAAAAUAGCAUGCAAUACGCCAAGCUGCUCGAUAUGUAUAGCCACGUCUCUAAAGAGGGAUGGAAGGUUGCACAUGGCGGCGAGCCAUCAUCCGCCAAGACCGGUAGUGGCUUUUUCCUCCCGCCCACCGUGAUUGACAACCCCCCUGAUGACUCGCGUCUUGUUGUUGAGGAGCAGUUUGGGCCCAUUGUGCCGCUUCUUAAGUGGUCUGACGAGGAGGACGUCUUGCAACGCGCUAACGCGUCCUUGAUGGGCUUAGGUGGCUCGGUCUGGAGCAAAGACAUAAAGCGUGCCGAGCGCCUAACACGCAGGCUGGAGGCCGGCACUGUCUGGGUGAACUCUCAUUUCGAGGUCGGUCCACAGGUUGGGUUUGGAGGUCAUAAGACCAGUGGAAUUGGUGUCGAAUCCGGUCUUGAUGGGCUCAAAGGGUGGUGCAAUGCUCAGGCCGUUUGGGUUAGGAAGUGAAGGAUGCCUUCGUCUACGCCAUUGUUGGCCACUGCCCCUUUUCGUCCAUAACUCUGGGGGUAAAUUAGAGUAACAAUGAGAAAGUGCACGUAGAACAUAUUCAGUGUCCUCACCUUGUUCAGACAACAGCUAGAAC